AUGGGCUUAUUAUCUCUUGGAACUCCUUUGAGCUUCACCGAGGGCGAGAAACACGUCGAACAUGUCCAUACCCGUGGAAUUGCCGAUCUCAUUAAAUCAUUCAAGAUCAAUUAUGACCGUUCCAAUGAGAAAUUCUUGUGGGGCGAUGAGUUGGAAUACAUGCUCAUUAAUUUCAACCGUGAAAAGAAGACCGCCACCCUUGAUGUCGAGCAUGAUUACAUUUUAUCCAAUUUCGACGAAGGUACCGAAAAAUAUAAAACCAAAUGUGUCCCGAACGAUAUCUUGUACCACCCAGAAUACGGCCGUUUCAUGGUCGAAGCCACCCCUCUUAGACCAUACGAUGGCGAUUCGAUCAGCGACUUCCUAUACGUCGAAAAAAACAUGGCUGCCAGAAGAAAAAUCAUGAUUGACGAGAUCAUUGACGUUGACGGGGACACUACAAAUACACACCAGGAAGUGAUACCGUUAUCGAUUACCGCGUUCCCAAUCAUGGGUACCAAGGAAUUCACUAACAAGGUAUACGAGGCCAAUGGCCAAGCUUCCCACUCUUUGUUUUUGCCAGAUCAAAUCAUCAACCGCCACGCAAGAUUCCCAACCCUUACUAAGAACAUUCGUACCAGAAGAGGAUCAAAAGUCGCCAUCAAUGUCCCAAUUUACCCCGACACCCACACCCAACCCCUUGACGAAAUCGACCAUAACAUUCCUAAACGUGAUCUAUUCUUUGAGGAUAGCGAACCAUUUUUAGGAGCCGCUAAACCCGGCCAUAUUUAUAUGGAUUCCAUGGGGUUCGGAAUGGGUUGCUCAUGCUUGCAAGUCACCAUGCAAGCCCCAAAUAUUGACGCUUCUCGUUAUUUAUAUGAUAGUUUGUUGCCAAUCACCCCGAUUCUAUUGUCAUUAUCUGCCGCCACCCCGAUUUUCAAAGGUACUUUAGCUGACCAAGACGUACGAUGGAAUGUGAUUUCCAACGCUGUCGAUGAUAGAACUCCAUUGGAGCGCGACGUUAAACCAAUGGAAAACCAUCAAGAUAUUGGAGGAGUUCGUCCAGACAGACGCGAUAACUUACAACCAAUUGACAAAUCAAGAUACGAUUCGAUUAGUUCUUAUUUGGGUGAUUAUGAUCACGAAACUAAAAGUUACAAGAAUUUCAAAAAAUCUUUUAAUGACCUUCCAUUACCAAUCAACCAAUCGGUUUUGGACAGAUUAACCAAAGAGUCUGAUUAUUUUGAUGAAGUCAUGGCCCAACAUUUUGCUCAUUUAUUCAUUCGUGACCCGCUUGUGGUUUUCUCAGAAAAAAUUACCGAUGGUGAUAGCUAUAACGAUGAUCAUUUCCAAAAUAUCCAAUCGACUAAUUGGCAAACUCUUAGAUUCAAACCGCCAACCGCUCACCAUCAUGGUUGUUUGAGUGACACUCCAGGGUGGCGUGUGGAAUUCCGUCCUUUGGAAAUUCAAAUCACCGAUUUUGAAAACGCUGCUUAUUCGGUGUUUUUGAUUCUUUUAUCCAAAGCGAUCCUCAAAUAUAAACCAAAUUUCUAUAUUCCAAUUUCCUUGAUUGAUGAAAACAUGAUCACCGCUCACAAGAGAAACAGUUUAGGUGAUGAUAAAUUCUGGUACAGAUUCAAGGAUUCCAACGAUUGGGAUAGACUUUCCAUUAACGAAAUUAUCAAUGGUAAUUCACAAUUCAUUGGUCUCAUCCCAUUAGUCGAGAAAUAUGUGAGUUUGACUUUCAAUGAUGUUGCUGAUGCCCAACAACUUGAAGCUGUGUCGUUUUAUUUGAAACUUAUUGCGUAUCGUGCAUCUGGGAAGAUCCCAACUUUGGCAAGCUACAUUAGACAAUUCGUUAUGCAACAUCCAGAUUACAAGCACGAUUCUAUCGUGAGCCACGACAUCAAUUACGAUUUGUUAUGUCAUUUGAGAGGCAUUGGUGACUAUCGUGAUGAAAAAGCAUUGGUUGGGUUGUUUGGCGAGGAAAUUGGCGAAUAUUUAAUUAAUAAUAGAAAAAAGAGAAGGUAA